AAUGCUCAAGUUUCUUUCUCUCGGGAGUCUGGAAGUUUCACAGCAGAGAGCCAGCAGCAGUCCGUCACCCCAAAACUGUCUGUGAGCACUUUAAGACUAACUCAGACCCAUAUCUUACUGGAAUAUUAUCCUGCAGGAACACAAACAUGGGGAAAGGAUGCAUCACGGUCACCAAGUACUUUCUAUUCCUCUUUAACCUUCUCUUUUUCGUAUUUGGUGCAUUGAUCAUGAGCUUUGGCCUGUGGGUGCUCCUUGACAGCCAGAGCUUCAUAGCCGUUCUGCAGGAAUCAUCACACACGGUGAAAGUGGCCUCAUAUAUCCUCAUUGGAGUGGGUUCCCUGUCAAUGGCCAUGGGCUUCUUUGGCUGCAUCGGCGCCAUCUACGAGAUUCGAUGUCUGCUGGGUUUGUACUUCACCUGCCUUCUCCUCAUCCUCAUUGCUCAGGUCACUGCUGGAGUUCUCAUUUACUUCCAGAGAGAUCGGUUGAAAUACGAGAUGUCCAACAUCAUUAGAGACAUGAUGAUCAGCUACACGGGCCAGAACAGGACCACAGAACAGACCUGGGACUACAUUCAGAGGACGAUGAACUGCUGUGGAUGGACCAGUCCGGGCAACUGGUCGGAGAAUCUUUUGAUCAAGAACAGCACCCAGAAGCUCUUCCCGUGCUCCUGUCGCAACGAAUCCCUUCCUGGUCCUGAUCUGAAAGAAGGAGGCCUCUGCGAGUACAUGUCUUCAGAACCACCUAUCUAUGAAACGGGUUGUGUUAGCAGAGUGGAGAAAUGGCUGCUGGAGAACUUUGGAGUCAUUCUGGGGAUCUGUGUUGGUGUGGCAGUGGUGGAGCUCCUGGGGAUGAUCCUGUCCAUGUGUCUGUGCAAGAGCGUCGUCCAGGAGGAUUACACCAAAGUACCAAAGUACUGAGGAGGACAGAGCCAGUCUACGACUCUCUCUCUCACACACACACACAUACAGUGGUUUGCAAAAGUAUUCAUACCCCUUGAACUUUUCCAUAUUUUGU